AUGACGGCUAAGCUCGCAGAAGCAAAGGCCCUCCUCGCCAGGAUCAUGGAUUACCACUUCGUCAACGACGAUCGCCUUCUGGAGGCGAUUGACACCACAGGCAUGCGAAAGCCGCAAUCCAACCAGCGUCUGGCCUUACUGGGCGAUGUGGUUCUCAAGCAUGUGUUGUUGGACGACUGGUAUCCUACCGGCACUCCGAAAGGUACCGGAAACUCGAUCGUGUCUACUGUCGGUAGUAACGCCAGUCUGGCAGCCGCAGCCCAUAAUGUCGGACUAGCAUCUUGCAUCAUUACCAACCCUGGCCAUAUGGGCGCGGUCAGCAACGGCAUGCUAGCUACAGCGGUUGAAGCCAUCCUGGGCGCCAUCUACCUUGAUAGUGGCAAGUCUGUGGACUCAGUGAAAGAUGCUAUGACCGCAUUCGGGCUGGUCUCGGGCAGUGAAGGCUAA